AUGAAUGCCUAUAAGACUCCGAUUGGGAUGUCCCCUUACCGGCUUGUUUAUGGUAAGGCAUGUCACUUACCAGUGGAGCUGGAGCAUCGGGCAUAUUGGGCUGUGAAACAGUGUAACAUGGACCUAAUCCAGCCAGGGGGAGAAAGGAAACUACAGCUGCAAGAGUUAGAGGAGCUUCGUUUGGAUGCCUAUGAGAGCUCACGUAUAUACAAGGAAAAGACAAAGGCAUUCCAUGACAAGCAGAUCCUGAGGAAAGAAUUUGUAGUGGGCCAGAAUGUGCUGUUAUUCAAUUCCCGUCUUAAGUUCAUGCCUGUUGAAUUAAGUGAUAAGCAGACUGGAAACACUUUCUCUGUGAAUGGGCAUCAUUUGAAGCCCUUUUAUGAAGGAGCACAACAGCAGUUUGUAGAGACACAGAUGGAUGCAUAG